CCACACUUGACAUCUGAGCAGCUGCGAGGGAAGCUCCUCCAGGUCCCAGUGUUUAUAUGUGCAGGAGACUGGCCCGCUAAGGUUUAGGACUGGGAUUAGCCAGCUCUGCUCAAAGGCGCGACUCAUACGGAGUGUGUGUGUGUGUGUGUUGGGGAGAAAGAGGUCUAGGACUUCCAGUGAAAAGUGACAGAGCUUGGUGGCCUUUGGGACCAUCGUGAAGUCUUCUGCCUGGAAGUCCAGACUUGCAUGCCAUGGAACAUCCCCUCUUCGGCUGCCUGCGCAGCCCCCACGCCACCGCGCAAGGCUUGCACCCUUUCUCGCAGUCUUCUCUGGCCCUCCAUGGAAGAUCUGACCACAUGUCCUACCCCGAACUCUCCACAUCUUCCUCGUCUUGCAUAAUCGCGGGAUACCCCAACGAGGAGAGCAUGUUUGCCAGCCAGCAUCACAGGGGGCACCACCACCACCACCAUCACCACCAUCACCACCACCAGCAGCAGCAGCACCAGGCUCUGCCCAGCAACUGGCACCUCCCGCAGAUGUCCUCCCCGCCGAGCGCGGCCCGGCACAGCCUGUGCCUGCAGCCCGACUCCGGAGGGCCUCCGGAGCUGGGGAGCAGCCCUCCGGUCCUGUGUUCCAACUCCUCCAGCCUGGGCUCCAGCACCCCGACCGGGGCCGCGUGCGCACCCGGGGACUAUGGCCGCCAGGCGCUGUCACCCGCGGAGGUGGACAAGAGAAGCGGCGGCAAGAGGAAAAGCGACAGCUCAGAUUCCCAGGAAGGAAAUUACAAGUCAGAAGUGAACAGCAAACCUAGGAAGGAAAGAACAGCUUUUACCAAAGAGCAAAUCAGAGAACUCGAGGCAGAAUUUGCCCAUCAUAAUUAUUUGACCAGACUGAGAAGAUAUGAGAUAGCAGUGAACCUAGAUCUCACCGAAAGACAGGUGAAAGUGUGGUUCCAGAACAGGAGAAUGAAGUGGAAGCGGGUCAAAGGGGGGCAGCAAGGGGCUGCAGCUCGCGAAAAGGAACUGGUGAAUGUGAAAAAGGGAACGCUUCUCCCGUCGGAGCUGUCAGGGAUUGGUGCGGCGACCCUCCAGCAGACGGGGGACUCACUAGCAAAUGACGACAGUCGCGACAGCGACCACAGCUCAGAGCAUGCACACUUGUGAUAUACACAGGGACCAGCUCCAUUCUCAGGAAAGCACCAUUGUGAUGGCAAGCCUUACCCAAACAUCGUUUACAUGGCAGAUGACUGUGGCAGCGUUGCUUAAUAUAACUAAAUGCAGGCAUCUCAAGUCUCGUUUCUCACGGUUGAUAGAAGGUUUACACUAAGUGCCUCUUAUUGAAGAUGCUUCCACAGUGAAAUUGGAGAAGGGGAGCGUAUUCCAAAUACACUUGUUCCUAUAUGUGACAGAGAGGGAGAUGAGUGUUUGCUUUGGGUUUCACUGAAAAUUAAAUUGUCACCAAGAGCAAACUCGAUAAGAAGUUUCUUUUCAAGAUGUCUCCAAGGCAAAGAUGUUAAAAAUAAAAAUGCUUUGAACAUUCCAAUUGUACCAGGUCAUGUGUAUGACACUGGGCAGGUAUUUACUUUUGCUUGCACUGAAAAGUAAAUUGCUAUCAAGUUAACCCAUGAAAUAGUUUAUCCUGAACAGCCACAGUGCCUGAAAUCACCAAGUGGAUGGAAAAUGUAUUCAAACUCUGUAUAUAUUACCCCUAAAUCAUUUUCCUGUCUUCACUAAUUUUAGCAAACGCAUUCGUAUUAGCUGAUGAAUAUAGGCUCCCCCAUUGACAACCACAGCCAAGCUUCCUGUAUUUUUAUACAGUUUUGUCAGUCAGAGACAGUCAGUAUGUGCUUACUUGUGUUCAUGUAGAGAAAAUGAAGUAGAGUCUGAUAGGACAUACUCUUGUACCACAGACAAAACAAAUCUUCUGUUGCAUUUACUAUCAACUGCUGCUGAUACAUUAUAGAACAUACCUAGCCCCUCGAGUCUUCCUCUUUUAUAGCUUGAAAAACCUUAGGAUCAUAGGCAGAUCAGUUACCUUGCAAAAAGAGUGUUGCGUGGCAAAUGUCUAAUUUUAUAUCUUUAAAUUGUUAGUGCUAUGGAUGUGAUUCAAUUAACAGGAAAAGGUUUUUUUCCUCAUUGUUUAAGAUAUCAAACCAAGUGCCAAAGCUAAUUCUUCAAGAGAAUAGAUGAGAAAUUCUGAAUAUCUGAAAAUUAGACUCAGCAAAAAUACCUUAUUUUCAUAUGCUCUAUAUUCAUGCAGAACAAGUCUUUGUAUUUUGUAAAA